AUGAACUUGAUAAGGGAGCUUGGUAAUUGUACUGAGCCACCCUUGGAGUUAUUACGGAGCCUCGUUCGACUAUCACUUCAUGUCCAGCUAGGCCUAAGAGAUAGCUCCGAUAUUUUGUCGUACAAGCCUCUAUUGCGAUUUGCACGGGAGCGGAACAGUGAAAAAGAAGAGCUUGUUCUCAGAGUUAUUUUGCAGCUGUUCCUUCUGGCUCUGCGUCGCCAUAAACGAAUAGAAUCCAUACCAGAUGAGUUUAUUCAGCUAACUUACAGCCUUAUGUCUGAACCCUUCCCUGAGAUCUAUGCUUUGCUCCUCUACUCCGUCAACUCCAUGACUCCUGUCCUCCAAAAAACAAUACUCCAAUUCUGCUCACGCCGCCUCAGGGAUUCCUCUGAGAACCCGACUGUUAGAGCGGCAACGCUGCUCAUUGUUACUUGCACCAUUGCGAGAUCUCUUGAGAAGGGUGCAGAUUUUGAUUUAUUAGUAGAAAGGUUCGCUGAAAGUUAUCUUAAAUCCGUGUGCUUUCCCCUCUCGUCUUGGGAGCGCAUCAUUGUGGAGCUAUGCUUAGACAUUAACACGCAGGCAUCUAGAGCAUCACCCCAUGCACCACCCCCAGUGCCACAGCAUGGUCCUAACUCGUACAUAUUUAGAGGCCUCGAGCAGGUGUACGCAGAAACAGUAGAGUUCCUGAGGUUGUGCUAUUCAGUUGAGCGUGGUGAUUCCAGAGCCUAUGGCGCUAUAGACGUCUUCUUGCAAACGGUGGAACAUGGAAAGAUUCUUGGCAUAUUAGGGUCUAUAGAGGUUUCUCAACCUGUGACAUGGAUUAUUACUUAUCUACGGAACAUAGCCAGGACUCUAGCAUUUGAGUUCGGGGAGAGUAGUAAAAGCGCAUUACUCAGAUUAAUCUGGCUAUUGAUAGCUGCAUUUCCCGACCACGCAGAUCUCAUUUUCACAAGCUUUUUCUCUAUCACCAAUUUGCGCGCUUGCGAUGCAUAUAUAUCUCUUGAGGAUGUCUCGGGCACGAAAGUGCUUAAUGCCACAGAAGAUGACCUCCAGGAGGCUCUCCUUCGUGUCGUGGCUAGUUGCCCUGCUCAGCUGCUGCAGAGAAAUAUAGAGAUUGUUGCACUGGCGUUCACCACUACAACCUCGGCAUGUACUCCUGCUAUUGUCCCCUUCUAUUGGGAGCUGGUGCCCGUUAAUCGUCGGAGUGUUACGUCGUCGCAGAACCUUCGGACUGUUGUCACUAGACUGCUAACAGCAAGUGACACUGGAAUCUGGAUUGCAGACUGGUUGAAAGACACCCACAGUACCUCGAUUAUUUGCGGACACAUCCCCUUGAUUUUUCUUCAGAUUUCCGACAAGGAGGCCUUUACUCUACUCUAUGAUUCUUUAUGCACAGGAUAUCAAAAGUACCCCAGGCCACUGGAGUGCGAUGAUGGUACAACAAUUUCUGAAAGGCUGUGCUUCUACGACGUGUUCAUUUUAACUCUCUCAACACUAUCUGUUCCUGAAGUGCGAUCAAUUGCAUCAAAUGCUCUAAUGGAAAAUCAAAGUUUGGCCGGCAUCAUGAACCUUUCCGAUUUAGAUAACAUAGCCCUAUCCUACUCUUCAAUGGAGCAGGCACUUUUGACCUUUUCUACCUUAGCAUACGAUAAGGCUGUUUUUAAGCCAAUUUUUGAGAUAGUAGGGCAGUGUGGAAGCCAAUUCUUAUUAGAAGACGCCGAAUUCCUCCCUGAGCUAACUGCGAAGACGGUCGCAACAUUGGAGGAUGUCAGCUUGAUUGUUAGUUGCGUAGAUGACGGAGAAUUCUACACUACUGGAUCGUAUCGUCUCGCCAUUUCUUGCCUCUAUUACUAUGAGCUUCUUUAUACUGUGGUGGCAGGGGGGUCGGAGGACUCCAAAGUGUAUGUGACGAGAGAUACCCGCAGACUUGUUUCUAAGGCACUCUCAGUUUUUAAAGAGGCAAAUCAUUCAGCAAUCUAUUAUUCUAUUUUAAAAAUGAAAAUGGCCAUUCUUAGACUGCUCUCCAUGACAUCUGUUAUCAGUGGCUUAGCAACGAUGUUUGUAGCCGUUGCCCCGACCGCGGCAGUGUAUGUUCUCUUGGCUCUUUUCUACUCUUGUACCCUCUUGGAGUCGGCAUACUCAUCUGGUGCAGCAGCAAGCCUUGGCGUAAAGAUUCUUGGUGGCCCCGGCCAUCACGGAGACGAUCACAAUCUACAAACAGCCGAUAAAGCAUGUAUUAAUCUACAAUCCACCAUACUCUAUCAUCUAUGCACGGCUAAGGAUCUCUAUUACACCCUCUUUUCAUCAAAUGAGGCCAUUCGCGGUGGUAUGCUUAGGAUCCUCAUAUUCGAACUGUCUGUAGUUGCAAACAUUCCACGGACUGACACCGUCUUCCUAUCCGCCAUCCACACGGUCAAGUAUCGCAAUCUUCUUAGGAACUCUAUCAGCACACUAAUCUUUGAGGGAAAGGUCAUCUUUACCCCCUGGGAGAAGCAGCGCCUUGAAAGAAGCCUUUAUAGCAUUUCAUAUACCAAGCAAGCAAUCAAUCUAUAUGACACAGACAAGGCUAAAGCAGCAUCCGGCACGACAGCGAUGCAUGAGUCUGACUGCUGCUUUGCUGACAUGUGUGCAGAGUCACAACUCACAGCUAUUCAUUAUGCCUUUUCAAAGCACUCCAAAUCGCAGCUAGUUGAAGAAAUGAGAGCCUUCGUGAAAGAUGGGAUCUCUUUCGCAUACUGUUUGCAGGCGUUAGGGGACCACGUAGCCACAACAGAAUUUCUGCUUGCAGAGCCUGUGUUGCGCUAUGGACUAUUGUGCGCGGUGGCUAAUGUUUCUCGAAGCGUCGACUCCUUCAACAAUAACGAGCUUCUUAGUUUGUUCUGUGAUUCGCUGUCCGGUAUCUUAGACAGCAGCUCAAAACUAGCACAUUCGGAGCAAGCAGCGGUAGAUAUAUUGGCUCUCUUUCAGGAUUGUCUAUAUUUCUUUCAGAAAAACUACACACCAGAUGGGUUUACGCUCACAACUUCCCAAAUCCUUAGACUGUACCACACCAUGCUCAUGGUUUGCAUUGAAAAUGGGCUUACGGCUGCAAAUUCACGAGCUGUGAAGCUGUGCUUCGUGCCAAGUACAACAGGACUUUUAGCGUUACUACCGAAAGUACAUGCCAAGCUAUCAUCCAAGACACAGCUUGAAGGCCUUUCAGAAGUGUUUAAGCCUGGGGUAAUCUCUUGUUGCCUUCUGGACUUUUUAGAUGCUUUCGUACUCAUGGAGCGCAUUUUCCAACUGUCACCAAAUAUUCAUAAGGGCGUACAUGAACUAGCUAAUCUGAUCGCUGACCUAAUCUCUCGACUGAUGGUAAGUGUUACCCGUGUGGCUUCGCUGCCGGAAAACAAUAGGCCACUAAUUCAGACUAUUGUCAUUCGUACAGUAAGCUUGUUGGAGGAGUUCGUAAGACCGUUCUCAGGUGCAGAAGAUGUCGAUGCUGUCACAAGAGGCUCUACUGAAGGACACCGUUCCAGAGCCUGGUUCCGCAUGGUCGAUUACCAGCACAUCGGCGCCCUUUCAAUGGGGACUCUGUUCUCCUUCAUUGAUUGCCCAGCCGUGAUAGUUUCUGAGGGAAGCAUGCAGAUAUGUUUGUGCUACGUGUUUUCUAGGCUCUACCGAAGUUUUUUGCAGUUCUCAACGUUGUCAACAGAUGACACCGAGCUCUUCUACAAGGGCAUGCUGAGUACUGCACUGCAUCUUCAAGAGCGCAAAAAAGGGUGUGGGGGAGUCGAAUACUUCUAUGUGUAUACCACAAUGCUACUUGCUCAUAUGUGUAAGCUAAUAACUGGACGACUCAACUUGCUCCCGCGCAGUGACUCCGAUAUUCCACGGGCUACUUGUCUUGCAACAAAUCAGGUCCUUGAUGGUCUUCUAGAGCACUCUCUUGCGCUGAUGGCUAGUAUGCGCGAGCUGGAGAGUACAUUUAAUGAAACGUAUAUGCUAGCUGAGAAGUCCGUUUUCUUGACAUCUAGCAGUCCAUCGAAAGCCUAUAUCGCCUGUCUAUUGAUGCUUUUACAGAGAAGAAAUCCUGGUGCAGCAUUGAAAGGAUCCCAUAUUGAGAAUGCAGUGCAAAUACUGUACGCCCUCUACAGAAAAGCAGAUAGCAAGACGGCGUCUAUUCGCCAGGAGAGCCAAAAGUUAGUAGACCACCCAUUAGAACACUAUAUUCUUCUUGCUGAUCUUUUGUUUUGCUUUACAACCGGCUGCGAAGGUGGCUCUGUGUUUAUGUCCAGAUUUUUCUCACAACGGUUAGGUUCACAGAUGCAAGGGCAGUCUGGCGAUGCACAGUCUGCGUUAGAAUUGGACAGCUACGGGUACGCUCUAGUACUGGGCUUGCUGAGCAAGGUAUCUGAUGUUGCUGCGUGGGAGAUUAGCUCUGAACAUCCUAGAACAGCGGCAUACACCCAUCGGCUCGUAUAUAUCUGCCACGUCCUCAUUACAAAGCAUAUGAAAUACGAACACAUUGAUGCCAUAACCAAGCAAAGGAUUGUGACCACCUUUUUGCGGACGCUCAUGACAAAUCUUGCCUCAGUCUUUUCUGUAAUAAGGCCGAAAGAUAGUCUAGACCUUCAAACCCAGUUUAUGCUGCUAGAGACCAUUAUUGCAUUAGUUGGCAUGCUUCCACUUCCGGCUGGCGCAUAUCCGAACUCGUUGCCCCCUGAAACGGGGUCAUUUUAUAUUCAGCUACUGGAUUUUGUCAAUGGAUUAGCGACCCUGCACUAUACUGCCCGUGGAGGAGCUUCUGUGCAGAACAACGAAGACGACCGGAUGCUCCUAUAUGCAUCCUCACUAGCAGCAACUCUAAUGUGCCCCCAGCUCAUGACCCAUGCGAUCAUGAGCAAGUGUAACCAGUGCUCUAGUACCAUUCGUCAAUAUCUGGCAAAAAAUAAGGCUACGUUUGGCCAAGCAGGGGUAGAUGUCGCUAUGCUUAGCUUUAUCUGCCUCGCCAGGAACUGUAUUGACGAUAGAAACGACUUGAAAGGAGACAUUUUUCCCGCUGUGAUAUCGCAGGCGUGCCGAGGAAUCUUCAAGCUGUAG